AUGUCCAGCGAUCUGCAGCGAGUGAAACUGUGUUUAAGUCUAGUGUGUGGCGCUCUGAGGCGAACAGCACUGGCAGUUGAUGUUGCUGAUAAACUCGGUAAGUACUUGAACCAGAUCGAUACUCAGACUCAUCAUAUCAACGGAGACUUCCUUAAUACACUUUCGAGUCGAAUCGAUGCAAUGGAAGCUCUGUUCGAUGGUGGUGCUCUUGAGGAGUUCGCCGUAGAGAGUCGGCAAUGUGUGGAGCACGAAGAGAUGCAAAAAGUGAAGCUGUCACUGGGUCUGAUAUGUGGAACACUCAGACGCUUGGCCUCAGCUCAAGGGGUUCUAGGGAAAGUAGAAAAGUAUAUCGCACAAAUUGAUAAACAUACCAGUAGCAUACACGGUGAUGUACUCACGGUGCUUCAUCACCGAGUAUUGGCUCAAGAAGGGAGAAUCAUUCACAAGCUGAAAAAGGACCAAGGCGAGGUGGUGACUGAAAGCGGGCUAACAUCUUCCCGCAGGGACGAUCUAGAGGACCUCCAGAAAGCGAAGCUGUGCCUUGGUCUCGUCUGCGCUACUCUGAGGAGAGUCGCAAGCUCAUCAGAGGUGCUCCCGAAAGUCGAGAAAUUUAUAAAAGAAAUCGACUCGCAGACCAGUGGCAUCAAUGGUGAUUAUCUUAACACCUUGUGGGCUCGGCUUGAUCGUAUUGAUGAACACAUUCAAGUCAUGGAUGCUCCAGAGAGAGAGCGGAGCCGUCAAGCUGUCUUGAAGGCUAGAAAAGCACCCAUCCCUAAGACAGGUGGAAGUGCAGACGAUCUCCAGAAAGUGAAGCUUUGCCUUGGCCUCCUCUGCGCGGUGAAUCGUAAGACCUCUCUAGCGGCAGGAAUCGGCGAGAAUUUGAAAAAACACUUAAUACAGAUCGAUCAACAGACCAGCGGCAUAAACGGAGACGUCUUGAAUGCAUUACUUGGACGAAUACAGGCAUUAGAGCAUAGGAUGGAUGUUCGAGAUGAGGAGCUCGGGACCAGAGACGAGUCCGGCUCUGCCUCUCCUGAACAUGAUGUCAUUUCCCGGAUGGAGCAAAUCGAGGAUGCUGUGGCUGGUCUAGAGAAUAGACUCAACGCUAUCGGCUCGUCAAUGAGAGGGUUCCACCGUAAAUGGUCCUCUGCACAGCUUGGCGGGCAGGGCCCGGAGGGACUGGUCGAUCAGAAGACUCUGCAACGGCGUCUCAUCAUCGUUGAAGCGAAGCUUGAGGGAGUUGAAAGUGCCAGAGCCAGAGCUGGUGACAUUCAAGCCAGGAUGCUCCAACUUGAAACUAAAAAUGACGAGUUAACUCGCCUAGUUGAGUCGAUGAAUAUUCGUGGCGGGAAGAAGCCUAGCUCGAACAGAGAGAGGAAUGACGACCUGCUCGCAAAUAUAAUUAAUGACGUACGGUUAGCUCCAUCGGUGAGAACCACCCAGGGAAACAUGGGAGUUUCUGACUUUUCUCAAUAG